AUGGGGCCCGUCCCGGACAAGGUGUCCCGCGACCGACUGCUCCAAGUACCGCAACAGUACGCACACCCGCUUCAAAGAACCAAUUCCUUCCCGCUGCGCGGCUCGCCAAAGGAGGGACAAGCCAGCUCGGAACGGUCAGAGAAUAUGCUGCGCCGGAAGACUCCAAACGGCAUUAUCCCCGAGGCAUACGACGGCAGCGCUUCGGAAAAGCCUCACGCCAUGAAGCACAUAUUGCUCCCGGUGACGACGGUCGAUGGGGUUGUGCAACAACCCGUCGUUCCGUACGGGCCAACCCAGGAGCUUCCUCUCCGAACUCCUGGCAUGAUUCCACAAGGGUCGCACAACCAGCCCCAGCAGCGAAUGCUGCCGGUGGAGAGCUGGGAUCUUAGCCAAUUCAACUUUGACCCUCCAAACGUGAGUCGGAAACGAGGCCAGCAGCAGUUCUCUCAGAUUGAUUCGAUGCUGAACCAGGUGCCGACACCUCAACAGCAACUCCAGUAUUUGCAGAUGGGUCAGCAUUUUGGCGGUGCAUUGCAGCCGCCUCUGCAAGCCCCUCUGGGCCCUACCGUGUCAAAUGAGACGGGACUUUACGGGCCUUAUUGGCCGGACGGCACCAACCUUCUCAGCUCGCUCACUCGGUUCCGCCUGGCGCUGUUGGAUACAACGCAGGUGGUCCUCCGUACGGGUUGGCACAGAACCUCAAUAAUCCUAAUGACCACUGGCUUUCUGGACAACAGCAACCUCCACAGCAGUAUCUUGGAUCCGGUCAUCAGACUAGCUAUCACAGCAACAGCAACAACAUCAAUCGCAAUAAUCUCCAGCGUCCCUCAAUACCCCAUCAAUCAGCUUCAUAUCACCCGGGAGAUGGGCUGUCCCGAGCCCAUGGUCAACAACAUGGCAAUUCAACAGCCUGUACAACCGGCAGACACCUACCGGAGUCUGCGGAGGAUGUCAGCAACCAUGUUUCCGUCCAUGUAUCCGUCGGUUACCCGCGAUCUUCCCGGAAAUGCACUGUCUGCCAUCGAUCAAAUCACGCAGUAUUGUCAAGAAAGCUCAUGGAAGUGGAUCGAUGGGAUUCUCGUCGGUGGCUGCCUUGCUUAUGCGCUUGGUGACUACCAGAAAGCAUUGGUCUGGUAUUCGAAAAUCCUUGAUAUGGACCCAGACCACGUGGAAGCUCUUUCAAAUGUUGCCGCAACGCUCCAUUCUCUAGGCAGGAAACAUGAAGCCGAACAGCACUGGUGGAAAGCCAUUCAGCUCCGACCGUCCUAUUUUGAAGCAGUCGAACACCUCGUCCAACUGCUUUGCACCGAUCAUCGUGGAAAGGAAGCCGUCAAUAUCAUCAACCAUAUCGAGCGUGCACUUCAGCUACCAAAAACCUAUUCCGAUCGACGGAGCGAAGUGUCUAGCGGAGGAAGAUCGCCGCAGUCCGAGGUUUCCGACAAGCCUGUAUUUGAAUACGAUGGAGAACAGGACAGCCUGCCAAAGGACCUCAACAACAUGCCGGGGUCCGAUUCGCCUGGAUUCGGGACUAGUGGUUAUGCUAUAUCAGGAUCCGAAAAUGGCCGCAUGCUUUCGCUGAUCCAUGCGAAAGGCAACUUACUUUACAGCAUGGGUGACAACGCCGGAGCUGCCAAGGCUUUUGAAAACGCCGUGCUUAUCAGCGCAGGAAAGCGUGCGGGCGGUAUCAGCAAUCUGAUCAAGCACAUUCUGAAGGUUGUCGAUGAAGACGAGUUUGGAACCGCUGCCCCCGGUGCUCAUGCGUCAAGCUCUAUCGAGCCAAUUCUCCUUCCACCUGUCGCAGCCCUUCGAACUGCACAGCUUGCCUUCCCCAAUAAUGGAGAGCUCCCAGGACUCCGGUACAUCUCGAGCAAGGGGAUGGCCAGGAAAGCCGCAGUCUCAACCACCAGCAAUUCGCUCCUGUCGCUGGCUAAAAUCUUUCAGGACGGAAUGGCUUCAGGUCUGCCGAAGGCGGCCUAUCAAUCUGCGUAUGGCGUUCGCGAGAUUCUCGCUCUUUACUACCUUUCUCUCUCGCUCCAACCGAGCCCGUCGACUGCCAAUAACGUUGGUAUCCUUCUCGCGAGCGUCCAACAGACAGUUCCACCGAAGAAGAUAUACCAGGACCCCCAACAGGCGAGAAUACCGGGCGUUGUCCCUGGGAGCGGCAUAGCUUUGGCUUUGGCUUACUACAAUUACGGGCUCAACCUCGACGCUGGCCACGCUCACUUGUACACGAACCUCGGCAGUCUCCUCAAAGACCUUGGCCAGCUCAAGAUGGCCAUUGCCAUGUACGAACAGGCGGUCCACUGCGACGGUAACUUUGACAUUGCACUGGCAAACCUGGCCAAUGCCGUGAAAGACGACGGACGGAUAGCCGAUGCCAUUGUGUACUACAAGCGUGCGGUCAAGGUCAAUCCCGAUUUCGCCGAGGCUGUAUGUGGCCUAGCGAAUGCCUUGAAUUCCGUCUGUGGAUGGGCAGGCCGAGGCGGCAUUGCGACCGACGGUGGCAAGCGGGAUCGUUGGCAUGUUGAUGAGCAUGGCAUGCUCCUCGAUGCUACGAAGCCUGGCGCUGUCAGCACAGGAUGGCUCAAGCGUGUUGUGGACCUGGUCGAAAAGCAACUGGCCGAGGGCGAGGAUUGGGGACGUGGAUCUCUCAAUGUCAACUUCGUGCAGGCCAUGCUUCAAGUGCUUGCAUUCACAAGCAACAGCCAAAGGGAUGCCCGAGAACGAAUGGAGGAAAUGAAGAGGACCGUGAAGAGCUGGUCUGGCCAGAAGUGGGAGGGUCACCGUCUUGUCCGCAUGGCUGAGCGCGCCAUCCGUCGUCUUAGCUGGCAGUGGUAUCAAGACAGGUGGAUCACGGGCAACGAACGCUCGCUGUCGCACUACCGCAGGCCCUUAUUGCCAUCGAGCCUCACCGUUCCGACAGCUCCGACAGUUCUGCCUUUCCACACCUUCACUUGUCCCAUGUCCGCCAAACAGAUUCGCCUAAUUUCUCAAAGAAACGGUCUCCGGAUAUCUGUUUCAACUCUCAAGGCGCCGUGGAUGCCUCAAACCGUCUUUGAGCCUCCUGCACCACCGAAUCCUUAUCUCAAGGUCGGAUAUGUCUCCUCUGACUUCAACAACCAUCCACUGGCGCAUUUAAUGCAGUCGGUGUUUGGCAUGCACAAUCGAGCACGAGUCAAGGCAUAUUGUUACGCCACGACCAUGAGCGACAAUUCCCCACACCGUCUGCAGAUCGAAAGGGAGGCUCCUGUCUUCCAUGACGUCCACACAUGGUCAGCAGAGAGGCUCGUUCAGCAGAUCGUCAAGGAUGGUAUCCACAUCCUGAUCAACUUGAACGGGUACACUCGGGGUGCUCGCAACGAGGUCUUCGCCGCUCGGCCCGCACCAAUCCAGAUGUCAUUCAUGGGAUUUGCAGGAACUCUCGGUGCUGAAUGGUGCGACUAUCUCCUUGCAGACGAUACUGCAGUUCCACCAAGCACGCUGCGCCCAUGGCGGAGAAACGUGGAUCUCGAGGAUCAGCUGGUCGACGAGAACAGCGGGGGCGACCAAGAAGAUUGGGUCUAUGGCGAGAAUAUCAUCUACUGCAAGAAUACGUUCUUCUGUUGCGAUCACCGCCAGAGCGCCCCGGAUGUACAGGGGGAACAGCUUGAUUGGGAAAAGGAACAAGCCAGGAGAUGGCAGAUGCGCAAGGAGAUCUUUCCAGACUUGCCUGACGACGUCAUCAUCCUUGGAAACUUCAAUCAGUUGUACAAGAUCGAGCCUACAACGUUCCGCACUUGGCUUCGAAUUCUGGCCAACCUGCCCAAGGCUAUCCUUUGGCUGCUCCGCUUUCCGGACGUUGGCGAGACUCAUCUCAAGCAGACGGCUCUCGCAUGGGCAGGACCGGAGGUGGCCUCCCGCGUUAUCUUCACCGACGUUGCUCCAAAGCACCAGCAUAUAUCCCGCGCUCGUGUCUGCGACCUCUUCCUCGACACGCCCGAGUGCAAUGCGCACACUACGGCCGCAGACGUCCUCUGGAGCGGCACGCCCCUGCUGACCUUACCACGCUAUCCCUACAAGAUGUGCUCUCGCAUGGCAGCAUCGAUUCUCAAGGGCGCCCUUCCCGACAACGCCGCUGGACAGCAAGCGGCAAAAGAGCUCAUCGCCUCGGACGAAGCGGAUUAUGAGCGCCUCGCCAUAAAUUUGGGAAGCAGCAUAAGAUAUCACGGCCACAGAAUCAGCGGUCGACUUGCCGACCUACGGAGGUUACUAUACGAGAGUAGAUUCAGCUCUGCUCUCUUCGACACAAAGAGAUGGGUCAUGGACUUGGAGGAAGCAUAUGAAUCUGCCUGGGAUCGCUGGGUUAAAGGUCAAGGUGGAGACAUUUGGCUCCGAGGAAGCCGACCAGAAGGCGUGCAGCCUGUUCCGACCUGGUGGCACUACAGUCGACCGAUCAGAUGA